AGACAUUGUGGUGUGUGCGCGAGUUUGAAAGGCCGCGGCCUGAGACCGAGACUGGGGCCGUGCUCGUGCUGCUUUCGCCAUGUUCUCGCCGCGGACUCCUGCCGGGGCCAAGCGGCCCCUGACGGGCUGCCUUGGGUCGCCGCUGAGCCGGAGCGGCGGCGGCGGCGGCGCCUUCACGAUGCAGGGGCGGCGCAGUGUGUCGGCCGGCGGGACGGGCGUUUUGUCCCCGGCCUGGCGGUCUAGCUUCUGCAGCCGUCCAACCCCAACCAGAGGAGCACAGUAUCAAACAGUUGGUGAGACCCUCAACUAUGAAAUCAGGAAUUUUGGAUCUUCUCUUCCUGUUAAGGUUAUGGAGGCUAUAACCCUAGCUGAAGAUGAGCCAUUGAGUGUUAAAAUAAGUGAAAAUGGUUGGGCGUGGUUAGUUUGUGGUGAAAAACUGAUUGUUUGGAAGAUUGGCCAGAUGCCCAUUGCUAAGCUUUCUGUGUGUAAAGAGUUGCAGUUGCCACCUUGUGAUCUCCCAUAUGUUGCAGACCUGAUCGCUUUAUCUCAUCCAAAUGAACACAGUUCCUUACAGUCUGUAUCAGUAAUGGCAGCUUCCAGACAGGGAGUGAUAUGUUACUGGCCCAGUCUGGCCCAUGAGGAAUCCUACACAGAAAUCACUCUGGAUUUUGGCAAUGACUGGAAGUGUCUGACUGCUGUAUUGGGAAGUGGAUUUAUUCUUGCUUCCCAGAAGAACCAAUUGCUACGAUUAACACCAGAUGGUUCAGGCAAAGUGACUUUUCGCCCCGUACAACAGGGGCAGGGAAUGCUAUCAGGGCUGGGGCGCAGAGUCUCAUCACUCUUUGGCAUUUUGACACCAGUUGCUGAUGUUGUGCUGAGUUCUGUAUUGUGGGAUGAGGAAAAUGAGUGUUUCUAUACCCUGACUAAUUCCAGUCUGAAUAAAUGGGAAGUGGAUGAGACAUCUGAGCGUCAUAUAUUCAGCUGGGACUUGAACAGAUCCAUGAAAGAUGAUCUGGGGGAUUCAAUCUGGGGAGAUGAUGAAAAUUAUGAAGUCGCUAAAUCUGGAAUCAAUAUGCAGUAUCUGGAUUUUCAGCUGAGCAAGGAGGGUCUGGUGAUUUUGACAGCAGCCUGGAACCAUGGAGAUGCUCCAUGCUUAAUCUACUACGUUUUAACCACUCUGCAGGAUAAUGGCUAUCACAUAUCUGAUGAAAUUAGAGUGGAGGUUACUGAAUAUUGUCCAGUGUAUCAGCCAGGUGAGGAGCUGCCGUGCCAGCGAUUUUUGAUUCCAGAUUACUCAAGCCCAUCUGCAUACCUCUACACAUACGAUAUGGUGUUUGCCUGCUGCACGGGGACAGGACGAGCCAGUCUGCCCCAGGAGAAACUGAUCCUGAAUAUGCCAGCUGAUGGUAUCCUGGGAGCUGGAAGUUUUGCUGGAUUGCCUGUGCUCUUCUGCAGGAACAGCGGUUUGGUUGCUGCUCGUCCGAAGGAAAGUGCGUCAAUGUUGCCUGAAAAUAUUGAAGAUUCUCUGGCCUUGGCAGCAUCUGAGACAGCGGAGCAGGCUGAUGCCAGUCAACCAUUUGAAAGGUCAGAGGCACAGGAGGAUAAAACGAAGAUGUUGAAGACUGCCUUUGUGAUGUAUUGCAGAAAGGACGUUAUUGGUGCCCAGAACAUGUUGGAUGAAAUCUUCCCGGACGAUGCUGAUAUGGGACCAGACGCUGAUCUGGACAUGGCUGUGGCACAGAUUAGUCUUGAUCUGAUCAAUGACUAUCCUGCUUGUGACCCACGCUGGGCUGAAUCUGUACCCAAUGAUGUAAGUAGGUUUAGCAACACCUCCCUGCUGCUGCUUCAUCAGCUGGAAGAUAAGAUGAAAGCCCACUACUGUUUGAUGGAAUUUCUUCAGGAUGUGGAAUUACUAAAUCGCCUCCAGACUGUUACGGUGCGUGGAAUCCCAAUGGCUACGCGCCUCUUGCUCUGUGAACAUGCAGAGAAACUUUCCGCUGCUAUUGUUCUAAAAAACCACCACACCAAGCUUCCUGAAGUUGUAAAUGCUGCAAUUAACUCUGCUCUGAGUAAACAGAAUGAAGGCAUUCCUCAGAACCUGACCCCAGCUGAUAUUUUCUUCCGGGAGGUCUCCCAGAUUGAUACUGCAUUCGAUUGUUUGUUGGAGGAAGAAGAAUGUUUUUUGGAGGAGAACCACCCACUAUCUCUGGAAUGGGCACAGAUGGUAAUAAAUGUUAACAACAUCUUGAAGGAUAUGCUGCAUGCAGCUGUCCAUUACCGACACAAUAAAAGCUCAUUUUAUAAGUCACCAGAAGAGGCUGAACAAGAACCCGAGUAUGUUCCCUGGACAGCAUCCAGUGGUCCAACGGGCGUGAGGUCUGUGAUCCUUCGGCAGACUGAUGCUGUUCUAAACAAGGUGUACCCACAAGUCGACACUGCUUCACGUAACACCCUUCUUGAACAACUGGUGGCCCUAAUUGAUUUCUAUUUGGAUGGCUACGUAUGUCAACUCAAGUCAGUGGACAGACCCACUCAGCAGGAAAGAUACAAUAAAUUAGACUUGGAGUACACUCAGAAACGCUCACGUUUGCUGUCACAAUUACUUUCUCUUGGGCAGUACCAGCUGACUGCUUCACUGGCAGAGAAAUACUGUGACUUCGACAUCCUAAUACAACUGUGUGAACAGACUGACAAUCAGACCAGACUACAGCGUUACUUGAACCAGUUUGCAGAUCAGAACUUUUCCGACUUCCUGUUUCGUUGGUACAUGGAAAAGGGGAAAAGGGGGAAGCUUCUUUCACCGCCAGUGUCACAGCAUGCACAGCUGGCCAGCUUCCUGCAGUCCCAUGAGCACCUCAGCUGGCUUCAUGAGAUCAAUGUCCAGAACUUUGAAAAGGCACACAGGACAUUGCUCAAUCUCGCCAACAUGGAGACACGGUACUUUGCAAAGAAGAAAACUCUCCUGAGCCUCAGUAAACUGUCUGCAUUUGCUUCUGAUCUCCCUGAUGACAUUCUGCAAGAGAAGAUAGAGGACUUGACCGUGCAGGAGCGGUAUCUGCUUCACCAGGAGACCUUGCCAAUGGAGCUGCUAAAUAAGAAACAACUCAACAUAGACACCAUGCCUGUGUUAACUGCUUCACAACUGAUCUAUCUUUACAUCAGUGAUGACAACACGAGAGCAAAUGAAUACGAUUUCAAGAAGGCCCUUGAUCUCCUGGAGUUUGUUGAAAAGGAGGAAGGUCUUGAUGCUGAUGUCAACAUUGAUUCAUUGAAACUGGAAAUCUUCUGUCGAGCUAUUCAGAGAGAUGAUUGGUCUUUUGAUGUAAAGGCUGAUCCAAUUGAAGCUGCAAAGGCGACUGUACUGAUAAAGGUCAUAGAAAAGCUCAUGGAUGAAGGAGUUCAACUGAAAUAUUAUCUGCCUGAAGUAAAGGACUUGCUACAGUCUGAUUAUCUGGUAACCCUGAGAUCCAGUUCCUACUUUGAAUUCCUCUUACAAGCAAACUACGAACAUUAUUUAAAAGCACAAUCCUGAUUCCUCUCAAGUUUAUCUCCACAUUCUGCUGCCUUUAAGAUCCUUCACUCAGCAGAUCACGUACUGAAAAUAAACAACCUGCAAUGUUUAAACUUUUGUUUAAAAAUGAAUUAAUUUGCAUUUCUAAUAAAAGUCAUUUAAUUUUAUAAAA